GAGCAGCUCUGCCCGCAGCCGCAGCCGACACCGAUACCGACACGCGAGGAGAAUCGAAAUGGCAACGUCGAGAGGCCUCAGCAUGGCAGUCAUCUCCAGCCUGGUUGCGUUCAUCGCACUUUCGGCCAGUCUCUGCUCAGCAGCCACAUUCUUUAACAACCGGCCCGCGCUACCCGUGCAGACCAGCGAAAUCCAGCCAGUGAGUGGUAAUAAGGCCCCAGCCAGACGUAUAAUGAAUCCCGCUUUUGCCAAUGCCGGUCGCACACCUGGCGUCGAGAUCUGGCGCAUUGAGAAUUUCGAGCUGGUGCCAUAUCCAAAGAACAACUAUGGCAAAUUUUACACCGGUGAUUCGUUCAUCAUCCUAAAUACCGUCGAAGGCAAAGACAAAAAGCUGUCCUGGGAUGUGCACUUCUGGCUCGGCUCGGAGACUUCCCAGGAUGAGGCUGGUGCUGCUGCCAUUCUCACUGUCCAGCUAGACGAUCUAUUGAACGGAGCACCUGUACAACAUCGAGAGGUUCAGGAUCACGAGUCGCAGUUAUUUUUGGGCUACUUCAAGAAUGGAGUUCGCUAUGAGCAGGGCGGCGUUGGAACUGGUUUUAAACAUGUUGAAACCAAUGCUCAGGGCGAGAAGCGUCUCUUCCAGGUGAAAGGUAAGCGAAAUGUUCGCGUACGCCAGGUCAACCUGUCGGUGUCUUCGAUGAAUAAGGGUGACUGCUUCAUUCUGGAUGCUGGUAAUGAUAUUUAUGUCUACGUUGGAGCGCAGGCCAAACGUGUGGAGAAGCUUAAGGCUAUUAGCGCAGCAAAUCAGAUCAGAGAUCAGGAUCACAAUGGACGGGCGCGUGUGCAGAUUAUUGACGAGUUCAGCACUGACGCGGAUAAGCAGCACUUCUUUGAGGUCCUAGGUUCAGGCUCUCCUGACCAGGUGCCCGAGGAAACAACGGCCGAUGAGGAUGGUGCUUUUGAGAGGACAGACGCCGCAGCCGUGACGCUUUAUAAGGUUUCCGAUGCAAGUGGAAAUCUCAAGGUGGAUCCCAUUGCACAGAAACCUCUUCGCCAGGCCAUGCUGGACACACGUGACUGCUUUAUUCUGGACACCGGCUCUGGCAUCUAUGUCUGGGUAGGUCGCGGCGCCACGCAAAAGGAGAAAACUGAUGCCAUAUCCAAGGCACAGGAGUUCUUGCGUACAAAGAAAUAUCCCGCAUGGACGCAAAUCCAUCGCAUUGUCGAAGGCGCCGAGUCGGCUCCAUUUAAGCAGUAUUUCGACACCUGGCGCGAUGUUGGCAUGGCUCACACGCGUCUAAUUCGCUCUGCUCUGGGCUACGAAUCGGACGAAGAUGUAGAUGAAAUCGAUGCGGUUGUGGAGAAUCUUAAGAAGAGCGGUGGUCGGGCCAUCGGAUUUAUGCCGGAUCACGGCCAGAACAGCAUCAAUGAGAUUAGUCAGUACGUUAGCAAGGCUGGGAGCAAUGAGGUGCUGCGCAAUAGCGUUGCUUUUGAGGAGAAUCUGCCCCUGCUCGGCUUUGGUUCGUACGUUCUGACUUACAACUUCGAGGCAAACAAUGGCGAGACCGGCACCAUUGUCUAUGUGUGGGAAGGAGCCAAGGCAAGUGCUGCAGCUAAGGAGCGUGCUUUUGAAGAUGGUAUGGCUCUAGCAAUCGAACAGAAUGCCAUUCUGGUGCGCACAUCGCAAAACCACGAGCCACGUCACUUUUACAAGAUCUUUAAAGGCAAGCUGUUGUCUUCUUACACGGCCUUGCCGGUGGAGGCCCAGCUCUUCCGCGUGCGUGGCACCGUCGAGAGCGAUAUACACGCUAGCGAAGUGCAAGCAGACUCUUCCUCACUCGCCUCCGCAGAUGCCUUUGUCCUGGUAUCGCAGAAGCAGCACAAGAUCUAUGUCUGGCACGGUUUGGGUGCCUCGAAAUUCGAGAAGCAAAUGGCGGAGGAACGCUUUGCCAAUUAUUUGCCUGAUUCAGAGCUUGAGGUGGUGGAGGAGGGUGCCGAGCCCGAUGCAUUCUGGGAUGAGCUGAACGGUGAGGGUCAGUAUAAUCGCAGCCUGACUGAUGAAAGCGCUCCACUGCUAGAGCCACGUCUUUUCCAUUGCCGUCUGACACGCACCGGACGUGCCAAAGUGGAGGAAGUCUCUCAAUACGAGCAAGAGGAUUUGGACACCGAUGAUGUUAUGUUACUUGAUGCCGGCGAUGAGAUCUACAUGUGGGUGGGCUCUGGCGCCACAGCCGACGAAAAUGGCAAGAUUUUGGACAUGGUGAAGCGCUACAUCAAAGUAGAACCCACCUCGCGUACCAUCGACACUGUUAGCAUUGUGCGCGUCACCCAGGGUCAGGAACCACGGGCAUUUAAACGUAUGUUCCCCAGCUGGGAGGACAACUACUGGCAGACGCUGCCCUCCUAUGAGGAAAUCAAGAAACAAGUGCUGGAUGCGAACAAUGAGGUCUAAGCUCUCUCUUUCAAAAUGCUCAGCAAAACUGACCAAAAAUUAAAGUUUGUUUUUGCAACUAUCAGUUUGUUAUAAUAUUUUUGUAAUAUAAAAAACAUGUACACGAAA